UUGAAAAUGUUUGCAAUGUGGACUCAGUUUGGCAUACUGCUGCUCGCUUGUGUGUAUUUGGGCGUUGUUGGAGCGCCGUUCAAUAGUGAAGGUAACCUGGGAACUGAUCUGGAGCUAAAUGCUGGCUUUUUCGAGGGUGACAUGGAUAUAAAGUAUACGCCGGAUGGAAAGCUACAACCGACUCAGCGUUGGCCCCUUGCCACAGUCUACUACAAAAUAGAUAAAAAAAAAUUCACUGCUCAUCAAGAGAAAUUUAUUCAGCUGGGAAUGUGGAAUAUUGAAAUGGUGUCCUGUAUAACCUUUGAGCCUGCCCCUAAGGAAAUCCGUGACUAUUUGCUGAUCACCGAUUCGAAAACUGGUUGCAGUUCCACAGUUGGUUACUCCAAACACAAUACGACAGUUAAGUUGGUACCUAACUCUAUAGGCAAGGGUUGCUUCAGCUUGGGCACUAUACAGCAUGAACUGCUCCACACUUUGGGAUUCUUUCAUCAACAUAAUUAUGCAGACCGCGAUGAUUACGUAAAAAUUGUCAAGGACAACAUUAGUACGGGGAAACUCGUCAAUUUUCAGAAGUAUGCUGCGGAUAGUUUGGGGAACUUUGGAGCACCCUAUGAUUAUGAGAGUAUUAUGCACUACCCUUCCAACGCCUUUACAAAGAAUGGAGGAGAAACAAUUAUCGCACGUCAGCCAGAUGGUCAGUCGAAAAUGGGGCAAAGAGACGGUCUGAGCUCUGCUGAUGUGACUCGUCUCAAUAACAUGUACAAUUGUCCAAUGCUAAAACCAGAAAUAAACUAAUGUUGAUCAAUGCCCCUUUAA